AUGUCCACCUUCUCCACUCGUCAUGCUCAUGUCUCUUUCCAUACGCAUGAUGGUACACAUAUAGCAUCGAGCUCCUCUCAUCCCUCAAGUGAUGCUUUGGUAGCUCCUAGUUCAAGUCCUGGAAGGCUGGAGAUGGUUCCUCUCGGUGCGACCAAAACCAUACCUGCACUUAACAAACGUGGAGUCAUCUUCUCGCCUCGUACGGAUACCAAAUUUUUCCAUUCUGACGAUUUGAUACUUCCUUCACCUAAUACUCAUCUCACUCCUAAAGCACCUUCUUCCAUCCGAUCAUAUUCCGAUCCCAUCACACCGUAUGAUUCACCUUCCCUAUCGAAACGUAAAGGUCGUACUUUGUCCGACACACCCACACUUGUUCGAAGUAUCUUGAAAGCUCGUGCAGCACAACAAAUUCGUUUAGCGGCAUCAGUAGAAGAAGGUACAUUGAACAACAAAGAAGCUGCACGUCUGUUGGUCAGCGGGAAAAGACCAAAGCUCUUCGCGAGGGAUUCUUUUCAGUUAGCACUGAUGAGAAAUGCAGCUGGUGAACAACCCACUGAUAGGAAAGGCAAAGGAAAAAUGUUACAAGAUAAUGAGAAUCCUGGUUCCGAUGACAGUACCGCAUCGAAUUCAUCAAAUCUUCAUGACGGGAAAGAGGUGACGGAAGGCGAUGCUAUUAUGGAUGACAAUAGCUCUGAAGAAGAAGAGGAAACCAUCGAAGAAGAUGGCGCUUUAUCAACUGGUUCACUCGUGAAUAUAAUAUUAGACGGAGCAGAAGAUCUUCUAACUCUUGAAGAAGCGUACAACACCUUGACUCUGAGAUUACGUUCACGUAUACCAACCGAAACAGAUAUGAGCGAACCCCUUUCUCCCGCUCAAAUCGAAGGUAUUCGAAUAUCUGCUCAACCUAUAAAAGACGAAGCUCCAGCGAUGGUUCGAGCUAUUCAACGUGAUCUACAACGAUUACUAGGUAAACUACCAAGUCAUGAAUCCGAGUUAACAUCAAGCGAAUUAGAAAUAACACCUUUCAAACAUCUCAUGCCUCUUCGUGAUGAUAUGACAAACAGAGGUAGAUUCACUCCCUCACCUACUCCUGGUAUAGGCCCAAAAUCAUCUUCACCAACAAAAUCGACUAGACAAGGAUAUACAGAAGCUGAAGUUCGAUAUAGAAGAGAAGCUUCAGGUGUUGGUGCUGCAGUGCUUCGAUUUCUCUCUUUCACUUUCCAUUCACCUCAUCUCUUCGCUUGCUACUCCGAUGCGGAUCUCACAUCACUAUUGGAACAAGUCAUGACCAUUCCUCGAACCCUCAAGCUUCCCACGCCAAAUCCCAAGAGAACUUAUUACCUCUCAAUACUGGUUCUAGCGCAAAUGAACCUCCCUUCAGCAUGUGUCCAACCCGUGAAAGACAAGAUCGUCAGAGCUCUGGAAGGUGCUAUGGCAGACAACCUAGGAGCAAUGGGAGGUCUAUCUUCGGGUAAAGAAGGACCAAGUGCCAUCAAGAAAGAGGGAUACCACGCUGUAACGAAUUUGGUAUCGAAUUACCCAUCAACAUUCUUCCCUCAUUACCCUGAUCUCUUAGCAGGAUGCUUGAGAGGUAUGGCAAGUUCGACCAACAUGAUACGGUACAAAGCUGGUGCAGCUACAGCAGCUUUCGCAAGAGCUAAAUUCUCCUUGCUAGCCAAUACCCAAUCGGCUUUACUUGAAAAUCCCGAUAAUUCAACGAAGGAAGCUUGGUCAAAGGCGAAAUCAACCAUACAGAAGAGCGAGUUUUUCGUUCUCUCUCACUUGAAAAGCGCACUCAAGAUUCCAGGGAAAUCAUCGCCGAUCUAUGGGAAAGAUGGGGAAAAGAAGACGGAAUGGCAUCCCCUCGAACAGAUAUUCAAAGAUACGGUUGGUUCUGCCACCGAUGUUCAUUGGGCUUGUGCAGCUUGGAGUCUGAUCGUUACUCUCAUGGGAUCAGCUUAUGCUUCUUCAGGAUUAGCUGCUGGGUUCGAUCACAUAAUGGAUCGAUCCCUUCAACCUUCGACCAAUGUCGUUCGCCCACUGCUAGCUCGAGUAGCAUGGAAUCAUGCGAUCCACGCUUAUCUGUCUUCUGGAUUCGCGUCCUCUAUCUCUGAAGAUAAACACCUCAUUCGUUCAUACAAGCCCUUCGCAGCCUCGUCUCAACAGACAAUCGAACAACGAACCUCUAACAUCCAGUUCGUCGUUAACCUUGCUCUUUCUAAAGCCACCGACAAAGCUUCAUAUGCUCGGGCAUUGACUAAUGCCAAACCUGGUAUCGAGUCUCAUUACAUCUGGCAACGAUCCGAAAAAAACAAAAAGCUUCAGUGGCUGAUCACUUGUGGUCUCGGUGCUACAGCAGUGGUAUACGCUCAUACUGGUAUGGCAAUCUGCCAUGAAGAUCAACCAGCAAAAGAGAUGAGCGCUAUUUCAGGUUUACCUUCUUCGGAUGGUAUACCUUUACCGGACUUGUCACCUGAAGAAGCUAGAUUACCUCGACUCGAUCAUGCUUGGGAAAAAGUUGUCAAUCCUAUGCUGAAAUCCUUCUUCACCAUCUGUGGUGUGGAUCGACUCACCAUACACGGUUGGAAGAUGUUUGCAGCCAUCACUUCACCCAAUACAGACCUGGAAUCGAAAUGGGAUCUCGACAGAUUACUCAUACCUCGAUACAUGAGUGGCGAGAUCUUCUUCAAGGAAAAAGAAACCGACUUUACGGAUUUACUAGCGGAUAUUCAAGAAGAUGAAUUACAACCUUCCGAUAUACCUUCCUGGGGUCAUUUCUGGGCCGCUAAGAGAUUGGGUAGAUUGUUAAACAUUUUCGACGAAGCUUUAACUAGUAUCCAUGGACUAAAUGAUUCUUCAACUGUUAGUUGGAUAAUGAACGAUACUGGUUUACCUCUAAUUCCUGAACCCAUCUCAAACAUAUGGAAGAACCUCCUUCUGGCACUGAGAUCAGCAAAAAUCGCUCAUGCCCCUCCUACACCACUAUUCUUUGCAGGACUACAAGCUGUUACUUUACAGCUUAUUCAAACCUUCAACCGAGAUCCGAAAACAUACGUUCCAAUCAACAAGAUUGAUGACAAGGGUCGAUGUCUCCUCGAUGAAGAUGAAAUGAGAAUUGGUCUUACUUCUCAUUUGUUCGAUGCUGCUUUGCAGAUCCUAGGAGAAGACAUCUUGGGUGCUCUAAGACUGCGGUUGGAUCAGAUACCAAGCUCAGAGCAACACACGGGAAUAUAUCAAAGUGCUUUUGGAGGAGAUGCGAAUAAUCAUCCCACUGUAGCUGGAAUCUUACUCAGUCAAUUCCUCAGAAGUAAAUCGCCUUCAACCCCAAUCAACCCUUCUCUGCAACACGGCUUCAAAGGUCUGGUUCAAAAGAUACUGGAUGUCGGCAGUGUACCUGGAUAUGCGGGUAAAUUGCUUGGUGAUAUCACCAAUGCAAUGCCAUUCCUUUUCGAAGACUGUGAAGAAGUACAACUUGAUAUUUGGAGACUGCUUGCUAUCAAAUGGACACAAGUUAUAGACCUCCAGCCUUCUUCAACGACUUCUUCCACCAACCAUACCGGCGCUCUCCUCGUCUCUUUACUAUCCGGACCCUUCAGAGGUAGACAAAUCACUUCGUACUGGCAUCGACAUGCUGAUAAAUCUGAUUUGGAAAUAUGGCAAGCAUUACUCAAGGUCACUGUACUCAGAUUUAGAGCAAAGAGGUUUGGAUCCAAUUGCGGCGUUCUUGAGGCUCUAGCUGGCCAUUUGGGAGAUUUCUUAAGUGAGGGAGAGAAGACAAGUUCAACGACGAUCACACUCUCAUGUCUUGCUUCGGCGAUCUCUUGGAUGUCAUUCACUCCUCCUGAAGGAUCACAGUCUUCCCCGUGGCAUAUCUCUGAUGAGAAUUUUAUACCUGUGGAUUUCCUCACACUCGUCAAUGACGCUUUGAUCGAAGCGUACCCUGUACCUGAAACGCAAAAUUCCACAAUGACCGAAAUGGAAGUUUCUCCUGCCGUCUUCGAUCUCCUGCAAAGCUUGGCUGGCAUUCUUGAAGAUACACCAAGACAGUUUGUAGGCAAAAUACUGGAUCCUGUCAAGGCGGGGUUAGCUACUUGGCUUGAGGAUAAAGAGAGAGUAUUGAGUAGUGACAUGCACGAAAAGCUCGACGAGGUAUAUGUUAUCGUUCUUAAUAUUCUAUCAUCCACCAUGCCAUCGGAGGACCUACCUAUCAAUUCUGAAACACUCAACUCAUUGGCAGAGAUAUAUAUUCCUCGAAUAUCCAAAGCUCAAUCUUCUUCAGUUCCCCUAACAUUCCAAUCAUUCUGGAAUAAGACUUUCGCCACUGUCAACGACCUGAUGUAUUCAGAAGAUGUAGCGGAUUUCUUGAGAGAUCUCUUGAUGGCCGUUCCUGGAAUGAUCGUUUGUCCAGGACUAGAAGGUUCAAGUGUUCUAUCUCAAGAUGAAAGUCUGAGUAAAUACCCUCAUAUACAAGCCACUCAGCCUGAACAGGAACCAGAACGAACGGAAAAUCACCAAACAGGAAUAGAAGUGGCAGUGGAAGCGGAAGCGGAGCUUACUAACCCAGAAUAUGAUGCCGACGUCUCUCAAUCAUUGGAACAGACUCAAGUCCAUGGCGGUGCGGACGCUGAGGUGGAUAUUCUGGUUGAUGAAACUAGAGAUGACAUGAAUCCCCUUUCUUCACCUACGAAGGGAGCGGCCGAAGAUCACGAAGACGUAUUUGGUCCUGCUGCCCUGACCAGGACUGCCAAAGCUAAGGGUAAGAAGAAGGUUAUACUCAGACAAAGUCGAGUAAAAAGUAGAAGAAUUUCUGAAGGAAUCGAUCAAGGCAUCGAAAUGCAAUCUUUACCUGAAUUGGAAACAGUCAAGGUCGAAGAUAUACCUACGAACAGUACAUCAUUACCUGAAAUUGCAAAUGAUACUCCUUUAGUGGAAGACUCGGACGAAGAUUGUAUCAUCGUCAUGCCAAGUCCAAGGUUUUAUAAAAGAAAGGGAUUGUCUAUUCCUGUUUCCGAUUCUUCAACACCCACAGCAGCGGAAGCUGGAAAUGAUAAGGAACGACAAGAGGAUGACAGAGAAGAGAAGGUUGAAGAUACCCCUGCAACCAACGCGAUGGUAGUAGCUGAGCUUGAGGCGGUUGAAGAUACUCCUUCUCAAGAAAAUGUAAUUGACGUCAUUGAAGAUACCCCUCUGCCCGAUAAUGAGAUAGAAACCGAAGAGAAAUUAGGACAUCAAAUACAACCUGAACUUGUCACAUACGCUGGAGUUGAACAACGAUUGGUUGACAGCGAGGCUAACCUAUUAAUACAGCCCACGCCUGCGCCAGGACAGACUUCAAGUGGAUCACCAUCGAGACCUUCACUACUUAUCUCAGCUGGUCGAUGGUUAUCGAAAGUACAUUCUCUCCCAUUUUUCUCACCUUCUCCAAUCCCACCGCCUCCCACUCAACCUGAAAUAGAACCGCAAACAAACACCAUAUCUCAAGUUGAACGAGAAGAAGUUGUCUCGCCCUUGAAAGUCAGUCAAGCUUCGAAGAAGCUUAAGAAGGGGAAGAGACUGAGCAAGAGAGAUGUACCGAGAUCUGCUUCAGUGAUAUCUCAAUUCCAAAGUCAAACUCAUAGUCAAGGAGAAGAAUUUUCUGCUUCAUUACCUGACCCCGAACCAAUUUCAACCAAAGCUACAGCUCCUCUCACAAAAUCUCAGUCUACUGGUUCAAUCCCUUCAACCACUUCAUCAAGGAAUAAACGUAGAAUCAGUGACAUUUCAUCAAUCGAAAUUGCUGAACCGAGAAGAUCUAAAAGAAGAAAACCUAAAUCACCUUCACCGUCUAUACCUGCAAUUGAAGAGAAUGAAACGGAAGCGGAAUGUACCUCAGAGCCCGCUCAAGUUGAUCUACAAGAGGAAGUGAUUGAUAUCUCGAUCACUGCGCCGGAACCAAUAGAUGAUGAUGAAGAUGACGAAUUGCUCUUAUCACCUGAGUCGGCACGUAGAAGGAAAAGAGAAGAAGAGGAAGAAGUUGUCAGAUUUUCGCAAAUCAGAUCAACAAAUCAUAUUCACACCCAAGUGGACUCACAGUUCAGCCAAAGUAUAAGUGGUAGAUUUGACGAUGCACCUGAAGAUUCAACAAUACCACUUAGUCUACCUAAAAGACCCAGAUUGACUAAGACGCCUUCUUCACCUUCACCUUCGUCCAAAUCCAAAGCCAAAUCCAGAUCCAGAUCGAAAUCAAGAUCAGAAUCAGAAUCAAAAGGAAAUUCAAUUCCUCCUUCUACACCAACUUGUUCAGCAUCGAACAAAUCAUCUCCAUCCGGAUCCGGAUCCGGAUCCAGAUCCGGGUUCGGUUCUGGUUCAAUGUCAAAAGGAGAACAGAUCGAUAAAUUACCGAAUAAAUCACCUAAUAAACGAACGACUCAACAAGCUAUGAUACUUGAAAUGUUAGAUGAAGCUGCGAGAUCAAAACAAGCAAUCGAUAAUUUAGAUUAUCAAGGUGUUAAAUCCCUUUUAAAGAAUUUAAACGUACUUCGAGAAGCUGCUGAAGAGAGGAUGAUCUCCCGUAUGGAGGAAUUAAGAAAUAACAGGAUGUGA